UCGUUAUUUAACAAAAUAGCGAAAAGAUAUUUGCAUUCAGGAGAAACUAAAAAAAGGAAAACGAAAAUACUGGCAAAAGUACAAAAUAUUGGAAAAAGUCUGGCAGGCGUGUGUUUUGAUAAGAAACUGAAAUGCUUGCAUUAUAAAUUAUGUCCAAAAACCUAUGCGAAAACAUCAUUUUACGCGUUCUGAAUGGUCUGUAGCCAAAUGUAAACACACAUGCAGUGAUUUAAUAGGCCUGAUUAGCUGAAAACGAAGAAAAGGUGGGGCUGGUAAUAUUAAAGGCCAACUUCAAAUAUCAUUGUUACAGAAUUACCAUUGCAGCAAGGUGCAUUUAACUAUGAUUUAACUACGGAAAACAGAGUGAGGAGUUUUACACAAGCUGACGAAGUCUUCACAGUUUCAUAUAUGCAGUACAAGUACAAGCUACGUUUUACCCGAUUUCGUCUAAAGAUCAACAUGGCGUCCGGUGAGACAUCGGCAGAGAACAAGGAUAACAAUGCAAAAAGCACUCCCAGGGAUGCUAGGGCAAUGAAAGCGAUUUUGAAAGAAAUGGGAGUAGAAGACUAUGAGCCUAGGGUAAUAAAUCAGAUGCUGGAGUUUACCUAUCGAUAUGUUACUGAUGUAUUGGAAGAUGCCAGGGUUUAUUGUAACCAUGCCAAUAAAAAAGAGAUAGAUGCAGAUGACAUUAAACUGGCUGUUCAAAUAAGAAUGGAUAAUUCAUUUACUAGUCCUCCACCCAGAGAUUUUUUAAUGGAGAUUGCAAGACAAAAGAACAGCACACCACUACCCCUUAUUCAACCACGAAGUGGUUUACGUUUGCCUCCCGAUCGCUAUUGUUUGCUGUCCAACAAUUACCGCGUGAAACAACAGCAAAAGAAGCAACAGCAGCAGGCCCGACCAGUACCCAUUGUACCUGCGCGGACACUUCCCCAUUACCCAAUAUCGAGUCCUACCCCGGGAAUCAAAAUCACGCAACCCAUAUUCAACGUGUCGCCGUCAGUUAAGAGUGUUUCCGCGACCAGUCUAACUCCGACGUCCUCGUUGACUGUGAAAACAGUACAACCGUCGUUCACCGCACAAGCUGCAAGUGCAAGCAAGCCUGUUGUGAGCAUUACCCACGCCAUCAACAAACCCAGCCCAAACCUGACCACUGCUGUUCCAACAGCUACUUCAACAGUUACUCGGGUCAGUGGUGGCAAACCCGCCGCGACCUGGCAAGGAAACGUCGCAGGUGCCACUUCCACGACGACAACUCCUCGACCCGAUAAAUCGAUGACAACUGUGUCGGCUCUACCAAGUAUGGACGAAACGGUAGCGAGCAGCUUACAACAACAGGCUUUGAUUUCAUCGCUGAAGAGGAAACGAGAGGGAGAAGACGAUGACGACUAUGAUGCAUGAUUGCAGAAACCAAAUAUUUAGAGGAUAACAGGAGAGACCUCUUUUUAGUGUAUUUUGGAAUAAUUUGCUCCUACAAACUUGGAUUUGACAAAUAGAACCAAAUUUUGGCCAUGGACAGGAGAAUAAGUAUAUAUUGUCCUUGCAUGUGAAGGAUCAUGCAACUGAGGAACAAGUCCAUGAUCUCAAUCUUACAUUACCUUAUGCAGUAUUAAAGCCUGGUUUGCUUGAUUGAAAAUGGAAAAGAAAUGAUAAAUAUACAUGUAGAUGUAAGCCUUUUUAAACCUUGGUUAUUUCACAUAAUCAAAAAGCUCAAAACAGCACUACCUUGCACGAUGUCUCUGUUGGGUUACACUAAAAUUGAAAAGUUUCACCAUUAAAUACAUGCAAUAUAUAAGAAAAACUAUAACAUGCAUGCUGUACGUGAAUAUAACAAGAAAGCGAGAAGUUGAGCCAAUAAAGCGGGGAGCGAAAAUUUCGUUGCAGUAGCUCCUUACGUAUAGUUAUUUGCCGUAGCGGCAAUUAGGGAGCUUUAGCAGUGACUACGAGUACGACUACGAGUACGAGAUUCGUCAUUCUCGUGCGUUGUUUGC